AUGCGGGAUCAGCUAGUGUUUGGACUACGCAACGGAGUAAUAAUCCAAAGGUUAUUUACCGAGAAGGCGACUACUUCGACUUUCCAAAAAGCUUACGGAAUCGCAAUUAAUAUUGAAACUGCCGCCAAAGACGCAACGCUGGUGGAAUCCCGCGAAAGUGAGGUGCAGUCAGUCCAUCAACUACGAAGUCGUCAUAAACCUAGUAAACGUCAUAGCUCACCGUCAACGAAUCGAGUACCCAGAGGUCCAAGCGCGUCUACUAGUAAACAGGAAGAUCGCACCCCCUGCGAACACUGUGGACGCCGUAAUCAUUCUAGUGUGCAAUGUUUUCACCGCAACUCGGUGUGUUCUAAAUGUAAAAAACGGGGCCAUCUGAGGUACGUGUGUCCACGAAAUAAAAAUAAAACGGGUCCGAUUACUGAACGUAGCCAUUUUGUUGAUGUGGAAUCGUCCGAGUAUGAAUCUGACGACCAAACUUUUUUUAAUUUAAUUUUUAAUAGUAAAAAUAGCGAUAAACCAAUUACCCUGAAUGUCAAAAUUGAUAAUGUUAAUUUAAAAAUGGAGGUCGAUACUGGCUCGGCGAUAUCAGUAAUUAAUUCGGUAGUACUCAAGGAAUUAUUCCCCAAUAAGAAAGUACAAAAUACCCAGCUAAAAUUAAAAGCAUACACCGGUGAUUUCAUAAUACCUAAUGGUUACAUCAAAGUAAAUGCUUCGUAUAACGGUAUUUCUAAAAUGUUAAAAUUAUACGUGGUUGAUAAUGGAGGACCUCCUCUGUUAGGCCGGUCGUGGUGUAGGGAAUUGGAAAUCCCAAUAUUGUGCUCGAGUAUCAACGCGAUAACCGCAAUUGACAUACGUAAUAAAUUAGUUCAAGAAUUUCCAAAUGUUUUUGCGGAAGGCUUGGGUACCUUAAAACACUUAAAAGCAAAGUUGCUUUUAAAAGAAAAUACGGUUCCCGUUUUUCGCAAAUCUCGACCUUUGCCUUUCGCAUUAAAGGAGAAGGUAAAUGCCGAAUUGGACAGAUUAGUGAGUGAAGGAAUUUUGACGCCGGUUGCAUACUCCGACUGGGCGACUCCGAUCGUUCCGGUAAAAAAAAAGACGGAUCAAUUCCGAGAUCAAUUCGGUUAUUUGAUAGAGGAGCUGUUUUCAAAAUUAUCGGGCGGUAAAAAAUUUAGCAAAGUGGACUUGUCGCAAGCGUACGCACAAGUUCAGCUGGAUGAUGAAUCAAAAAAAUGUUGCACUAUUAAUACCCAUCGCGGAUUAUUUGAAUAUAAUCGAAUGCCAUAUGGCAUUGCUUCGGCUCCAAGCAUUUUCCAAAAUAUUAUGGAAAAUAUCUUUAACGGUAUCGAAGGAGUGUGCGUUUUUCUAGACGAUAUACUCAUUACGGGACCUUCAGAUAACGAACAUUUUUCGAGACUUCGGGUAGUGUUGGGUAAAUUGAACUCGUUGGGUCUUAAGAUUAAAGCAAAUAGGUGUGAUUUUUUCGAAAAUAGCGUAAGUUAUUUGGGACAUAUCGUGGAUGCUGAAGGAUUACCUACGCGUUUCGAAAGAGAAGAUCCGCGCGAUUCAGACUCGCCGUGGAACUGGAGUGACGAGUGCGAUAACUCUUUCGAAAUUAUAAAACGUGUUUUAGGGUCAACAAAGGUGUUAACGCAUUUCAAUCCACCAGUUACCGAUAACGUUAUCGUGCGAUGCCAUCAAAUAGAUAAAGAGGCUGUAGGCAUUAUUUUUGGAAUAAAAAAAUUUCAUCAGUACCUUUUUGGGCAGAAAGUUACCAUAAUUACUGAUCACAGACCAUUAGUGUCGAUUUUUGGAACAAAGAAGGGGAUACCCCAAAUGGCAGCAAGCCGUUUGCAGCGUUGGGCGAUAAUGCUAUCAGCUUACGAUUUUAACAUUGAGUUCGUCCAUUCGAAAAAUAAUGCCAUUGCCGACGCUUUAACACGCUUACCUGAAGGCCAGACGCCUAAUGAUAAGCCUGAUUUAGGUCAAAUAUUUUAUGUAGAAGAGGGGUUUACGAUGUUUGGCUGGCCACAAGUUAUUGAUUCCGAAGAGAUAAAACCAUAUUUUACUCGCAGAGCGGAGAUACAUAACGAUCAUGGUUGUUUGUUAUGGGGUUACCGCAUUAUCAUUCCCAAAAUUUUGCAACCGCAGAUAUUAAAAGAAUUGCAUAGCAGUCACUUUGGAAUUAAUAAGUGCAAAUCGCUAGCACGUUCCUAUGUUUGGUGGCCCACAGUAGAUUUGGACAUUGAAAAUGUAUGCAAAAUUUGCGAGCCAUGUAAUUCUGUUCGCCCCUUACCUCAAAGAACUAAAUUGCAUGUCUGGGAAUGGCCACAGAAUCCAUGGGAACGUGUCCAUAUUGAUUUUUUGGGACCAUUUAGAGAUCCUAAGUAUUUAGUUAUCAUUGACGCCCACACUAAGUGGCUCGAGGUAAUUCAGAUGAAUGUAACUACGGCGGAAAAAAUUAUCGAGGCACUUAGGCCUUUAUUUGCUCGAUUUGAACUUCCGAAGGUAGUUGUAACCGACGGGGGACCUCCAUUUACUUCUCUUCUCAUGAAAUUGAAAAUUAUUUUCGUUGUAACGGAGUUUUACACAUUUUAA